AUGGAUCAUUUCUCAUCUCAUCCAUCAUGUCAUCCACUUAUUGAUCCUUUACGACAAUCACUUCUCACCUCGCCCACCCGAUCGUUGCUGGCUUCAAAGAUGUGGGCUCCACUGUUGCCAUUUCAUGUACAAAACCUCCUUUCUGCCACAAUGCACGAGAAUCACGUUCCUCCAAUGAGCGUUUCGAGUGAUGCGGAUAGUUGUAAAACGGAGCCAUUAUUAGAGGCAGAUGUUUCAAGUGAAAAAGAAAUCGAAUCGUCGGAUGUUGAGCCGUUACGAGACAGUGAUGAGUCUACCGCUGAUCGCGCAGCAUCAGCGGCAAAGAGACGAGUGCUCUGUGAGCUGUGCAAUAAAACUUUCUGUGAUAAGGGUGCUUUGAAAAUUCAUACAUCAGCCGUUCACCUUAAAGAAAUGCAUCGGUGCACGGUGCUCGGUUGCGGCAAAGAGUUCAGCAGUCGACGAAGCCGGAAUCGCCACUCGAUGAACACGAAUCCGAAAUUGCACAUGGCCGACUCUUCAGUGCUCACAUCGCCUGUCGCUGAGACACCGACUCCAUUUCAUCGUUUACAACGACUACAUCAACUGCAUUCAAUGUCCCGUGCGCCGCUUCCUUUCUCGUUGCCAAGUCCCUCAACGCUUCCUUCAAUCUUCAAUCCGCCUUCACAAAUCGCUAAUCAAAUUCAUCGAGUCCCCUCACCGUCAUUUGGCUCCGAUUGUUUUAGAGAUGAGAGAUUGAGCGGCUCUUCUCUGAAAGAUUUGAGUCAACGGCAAAGGAAAAGGAAAGCCACGGAAACGGCAGAGAUAUCACCCACCGAGAGACCUGUUAUACCUAAACCCCUCCCAUUGAGUCCAAUGCACGGCUCUUCCAAUCCGGGAAUGCAUCUCUUUUUAUUGCAUCAAAUUUUACAGGCCUCUCCACAAAUCAACCACACUGUGUUCAACUUUUUGACUCAAAAUAAAAAA